UUCAAAUCAGAUCAGAUGAACUGAACAUAGCCUAAAGUUUAUUUGAUCUAUCUAAUUAUUUCUAAAAUACUUAUUAAGCAAAUAUGUUGAAUAUCCUAAAGUGAUUAAUAGAUAGAAUAAUUUUUUUAAAGAAAAUAGAUAGAAUAAUUUAGUUGCUCUUUAAAAAAAAAAAAAAAAAAAAAAAUGGCGCCAACGCUCUAUUACUAACCCGCCAGAUUCAUUUGAAAAUUUCGAACGAGUUAAACAUUCCAAACUCAAUUUGGGAGAGAGUAAAGAGAGAAACAUAGAGGAGAGAGAAGAGGCAGAAGAUGGAUUACACACUAGCAGCGCUAAAGCUAAUGUGUGCACAAUUAAAGAAAGCCAAACAGACUCCUUCACAGUCUUCUUUCACUUUUGGUGGCAUCCUCUUCCAACGCGCUUGGGUCCAGGGCCUUCUCGUCUCUGUUCCCGAACCCGAUGACAACGACGACAACGACGAUGAUAACCGCUCUCGCUUUCUUCUUGAUGACGGUACAAGCGUUAUCGAAUUGUUCCUCUCUGAGAGCUACCUCAAACAAAAUAAAUGGGUUACUGGGAUGUAUGUGAUGGUAGUCGGAUCUUACCAUGUUCCUGCCGGCAAACACCCAUUGAUUAAGGUUCACAAGAUAGUUGAUCUUUCAGCAAAUCCUAAUAGAGAGGCGAUGUGGUAUCUUGAAGUCAUUGAAGCCUACAGAUUGUUCUACCAACCUCUUAUUGAAGAUUGAAUGCAGGAUUUCCAAGCGUCGAAUUUCAGCCACCAGAGUUGAUGUUUCUGUAACUUUCUUGGUUAACAAAAUUUAACUCUGUAAUGACAAUUGCCCCUCUUUGCUUCACCCCUUUUGCUUAUUCAAGUGCUCGCUGUCAUAGUAGCAUGCUCUACUACUAAUUUAGUGGAUUGUCAAAAACACCUGCUGUAUACUGCUGACAUUUGUAUCUUUACGACAGUCAGGUCUGUGAAAAAGACGCUAAACAAUUAGAUUUGUGAAAGUCAUAAUACUUUGCAUGAAUUACAUUGCUCUGUUACUUUUAAA